ACGAGCCGUUCGCGUGCGGGGCAAGAUAUAAAUACACGCCACACGCAGACGCGCCGACACACGCAGACACACUCGCAGCGGCACGUCGCCCUCUUGGAUUCAAACUUGGUGCACUGACGCGGGACUUCUUUUUUUCCCCACUUCCUUUUUGCAUUGGUGGACCAUAUUUUGCUGCGUUUUGAGGGAUAAUUGAUUUUGCCGUUAAGAUGCCUGCCGACAUGAUGGAAAAAUCGUCCUCUUCUCCGGUCGCUGCCACCCCGGCAAGCAUGAAUUCGACCCCCGAUAAACCUAAAACAGCUUCCGAGCACAGAAAGGUGAGUUUAUCGACACGAACCUCUUUCAUAUUGAGACACUUUAAUGCGCCUUUUACUCACAAUUUGAAGUUUAUUAAUGCCUCGUUCGUUAUUUUCUCUUCCAAGUCUUCCAAGCCAAUUAUGGAGAAGCGCAGAAGAGCCCGUAUCAAUGAGAGUUUAGGCCAACUUAAAACGCUCAUCUUAGAUGCGCUCAAGAAAGAUAGCUCCAGACACUCCAAACUGGAGAAAGCAGACAUCCUGGAGAUGACAGUGAAACAUCUCCGGAACCUCCAGAGAGCACAAAUGACUGCUGCUCUCAACACCGACCCCACUGUGUUGGGCAAGUAUCGCGCCGGUUUCAGCGAGUGCAUGAACGAAGUGACGCGCUUUCUGUCUACCUGCGAGGGCGUCAACACGGAGGUCCGAACGCGGCUCCUCGGCCAUCUCGCAAACUGCAUGACGCAGAUCAACGCUAUGAACUACCCUAGCCAGCACCAGAUCCCUCCCGCGGCCGGACCAACACACCCCUCGUUCGGCCAGCCUAUGGUGCAGAUUCCCGGGUCCUCCCCACAGGUGCUGCCAAUGAGCGGCGUGCCGUGUAAGGGAGCUCCUUCUCCGGCCACUUUACCCAACUCGGACGCCACCAAAGUGUACGGCGGCUUCCAGAUUGUGCCUGCCACGGACGGACAGUUUGCCUUCCUCAUACCCAACGCUGCGUUUGCCCCCAACGGUCCCGUCAUUCCCGUGUACGCCAACAGCCCCGGGACACCGACGCCGGUGCCGGCUGCCGUCUCCCCCGGAGCCCCGUCGGGAAACACGGACUCGGUGUGGCGGCCCUGGUGAACACAGCCAAUACUCUCAAAUGACACUUGCUAGUUCUCCUUGUUGCGCCAUGUUGUUAUUUUUUUUUUUAAUCAAAUGGAAAAAGAUUAUGCACUAUAUUUGUACAGCUAACAAAGCCAGUAAAGUUCAUAUUGAAAUGAGAUUUGUAUUGUGGAAGUCCGUUCACUGCAUUUUUUAAAAAAAUAUAUAUAUACAGUUGUCUUUCCUACUUUUUUGAAGCCAAAGAUGUUUAAUGCGCUUAUGCCGUUCUUCUUUUUGGAAGACAAAUAAAUUUGUUACUUCUCGAACA